CAUAAGAGACAGAAGAAGAGGCUUAAACCCUUUGAGCUUCGAGCUAAGUCCUUCUCUUGAUUCGUCUCCACGAUGUUGGGUUUGCGCAAAUCUUCCGGAACGCUGUUCGAUAUCGGGCAGUCUCUCCUCCGCAAUCUAUCGUUCCAUGGCUUACGUGUCCAAGGAAUCCGUGUGGGUAAUGCAGAGGUUCCAAACCAUAAGCCUCUAGGAAUCGGUCUUCAAGAAGUUUAUGGAAUCGGCCGUCGUAAAUCUCACCAGAUCCUCUGUGAGCUCGGAAUAUCGAACAAACUCGCUAGAGACUUGACUGGAAAAGAGGUCAUGGACCUCCGUGAAGAAGUCAGCAGACACCAGCACGGAGAUGAACUGAAAAGGCGGGUUAACGCUGAAAUCCAGAGACUGAUAGACGUAGAUUGCUACAGAGGGAGUAGGCAUAGACUAGGAUUGCCUUGCAGAGGACAAAGGACCAAGACCAAUGCACGGACUCUAAAGGGCAGGAGCGUCGCCAUUGCAGGCAAGAAGAAAGCUCCUCGCAAGUAAAACCCUAAUGUCCAACAAAACCGAACCGACCUUUUGUUAGCAACUUUUUGAGUUUUGUCGUUUUUGGUUAAUUUAAACCAAUUGCAGUACCUAUGAUUUAUUUAAAAACCUCUUUCGGAAAACAUUUGGGUUUUCAUAUAAUGUCACGCGGGUGAACUUGUUCUAAUAAGAAACAUUGGUUUGUAUUGUAUCA